GGGGGAGGAGCGGAGGAGGAGCGGUGCUCGGCGGCAGACCGUCAGUCAGGAGAACCCGAGUCCCAGCGGCAGUUUGGGAGCGUCCGACGGGGAAAACUGCUUCCAGAACGGGAGAACUCACAAGGAGGAAUCCGAAAUGAGUUGGGGAACGGAGCUGUGGGACCAGUUUGAGAAUCUGGACAAACACACACAGUGGGGAAUCGACUUUCUGGAGCGCUAUGCAAAGUUUGUGAAGGAGAGGUUGGACAUAGAGCAAAACUACGCAAAGCAGCUCCGGAACCUGGUGAAGAAGUACUGUCCAAAGCGUUCUAAAGAUGAGGAACCGAGGUUCACAUCAUGUCUGUCGUUCUACUCCACACUGAACGAACUGAGCGACUACGCCGGUCAGAGGGAGGUGGUGGCAGAGGAGAUGGCUCACAGGGUGUACGGAGACUUGAUGCGUUACAGCCAAGAGCUCAAAGCUGAGAGGAAGCACCAUCUACAGGAGGGCAGGAAGGCUCAGCAGUAUUUGGAUCAUUGCUGGAAACAGAUGGACAAUAGUAAAAGGAAGUUUGAGAGAGAGUGCAGGGAAGCAGAGAAAUCCCAGCUGACCUACGAGCGGCUAGAUAACGACAUCAAUGCCACCAAGUCGGAGGUGGAGAAGGCCAAAGCCCAGUAUUACCUGCGGACUCACACGGCUGAUGAGAGCAAGAAUGAGUAUGCUGCACAACUACAGAACUUCAACGCAGAGCAAUGGAAACAUUUCAACAACGCCAUACCACACAUCUUCAAGAACCUUCAGGCCAUGGACGAACGCCGCACAGUAAAGCUCGGUGAGACGUAUCGGACCUUUGCUGAGGUGGAGCUGAAAGUCAUUCCCAUUGUCUCCAAAUGUCUAGAAGGGAUGGUUUCCGCCGCCAAAGCUGUGGAUGAGCGAAAGGAUUCAGCCAUCGUCGUGGAAUCAUUCAAGUCAGGGUUUGAACCUCCAAGCGACUUCCCCUUUGAGGACUUCAGUCAGAAUCUCAGCAGAACGGGUUCAGAUGGGACCAUCAGCAACACACCCAAAGGAGACAGAGACCGAGACCGGGACCGAGAAGGGGGCUCAGUGCCACGGUCAGACCCAAAACACGCCAUGAGCAGAACCAAAAACAAGCUGUGGCUGUUUGGGAAGAAACCAAAGGCACCGUCUUUGGAGGAUUACAGUCACUUGCCUCCAGAGCAGAGGAGGAAGAGGCUGCAGCAAAGGAUCGACGAACUCGGCAGGGAGCUGCAGAAAGAGAUGGAUCAAAGAGAUGCCCUGAACAAGAUGAAGGAUGUGUAUGAGAAGAAUCCUCAGAUGGGAGACCCCAGCAGCCUGCAGCCCAAAAUAUCAGAAACCAUUUGUAACAUGGAGAAGCUGCGCUCUGAAAUCCACAAGAAUGAGACCUGGUUAUCGGAGGUGGAGGGAAAGCCGAGCUCCAGAGGAGAAAGAAGACACAGCGCUGACAACCACCAUCACACUCCACAAGGCAGAGAGAGUCCUGAGGGCAGCUAUACAGACGACACCAAUCAGGAGCAUCACACACCUCAUCGCCGCCCCGGUCCCCCACAGCCGACCCCCGACCCCCACGAGUUCGACGAUGAGUUCGAUGACGACGACCCGCUGCCCGUCAUAGGACACUGCAAGGCGCUGUACUCCUUUGAUGGUCAAAACGAGGGAACGCUGGUGAUGGCAGAAGACGAGGGUAAUGGCCACUUGAAUGUGUUGUACAUCAUCGAGGAGGACAAAGGCGACGGCUGGACGAGGGCGAGGAAACAGAGCGGGGAGGAGGGCUACGUUCCCACGUCUUACGUAGAAAUCACCAUGGAGAAAAACUGCAAAGGUGCUGUCACCUACAUCUGAAGCCACACUGUCCUCUCCUCCGCCUGUCUGUCAUAAUCCCCGUCUGUGCCGCUUGUUCUUCACAUAACACUACAAAGGAAAGAGACAUCGUCCCAACACCUGCAUGGACACUCAUCUGUUCACCUUUGCAUCCCAUAUCUUUACGUUUGUGUCUGUUUAAUCAUUCAUCUUCAUCUUCCUCUCAUCUGUGGAACCUGUGAUUCAGAGGUGAGUGUCCGAACCCAUGAUGCUUGUAGCGUGUGGGGGCAUUUGUCUGUAUGUGUGACUUGUCUUUACUGCUGUUUGAGCCAAUGUCAAGGCUGCGUCGCUGUUUAUCGAUCAAAGUAUUUGAUUGUUUUAUGUAAUAUAUAACAAUUUAUUUUUAUUUUCAAGCUUUCUCUUAAGUGGAACAUUUUAAAACUACGAUUUUAAGCGUUCUGUUCAUUGUCGGCAUCAUUUGAAGUAAAAGGUCUUCAUUCCGUUUUAAUUGUACUCUGUGCGUGUUUGCGCAAUUUUUCUGGGCUUUUCGUUUCAUCACACUAAACGUAAACAUACACUUACAGAAAUUUGUCUGGUUUUAUAAUUGAAGGGUUUUUAUCUUUCUGUCACAAAGAAUGAAAACUCCACGUAGCAGUUCCCACAGAAUCCAACUGUACAAAACUAACUCGUCCUGGUGUGGUCAGAGUUGGAUAUUAAAUAUUAAAUAAAACGAAUGGCUAGUGCGA